AUGGAAAACUAUGAAAAUGAUUCAUGUACAUCUUUGUUACCAACUAAUGGUGCUCAGAGUGAUGGUGUGACCAGACCCACGAGCAACGAUUAUAAGCCAAAUAUUUUAGAAGAUAAAGAAGUUGCUGCAUGCAAAUUGAAGGGCGUCGCUGAAAGUGUAAACAUCAAUGUUCGUUACUUCAAUGGUUCAAAGUUUUGUGUUGAAGCUGCACUAGAAUCCACAGUUGAAUCCUUCAAACAGCUUAUCAUUGGAAACUGUGACAUCCCAAUCCAAAAUCAAAGACUCAUUUACAAGGGAAACAUCUUGCAGAAUAAUCAAUCCCUGCAAAGCUAUGGUUUGGGGCCAAAUCAUACUGUCUAUUUGGUUCGUUGUUAUGCACCCACCGAUACAAAUGAUGGGACCAACAAUAUGGACAUUGAUGCUGAUGGUGAGAGGGAUGGCUUACUUGGGGAAGGAUUUUCAGAUUUUGAACCAAUGCAGCUCUGCCAUCCACUACAUGCUUCCAUUAAUCCUCACUUUUUAAGAGAAUUUCUAAGCACACCGGAUCUGCAGUGCCUAGUUUUGAAUCCUGAUGUGAUGUGGAGUAUUUUAACCAACAGUCAAGAGCUGUCGGGCAUAGUUUUUGAUCCUAGCAGUGUGAUCCGGGUUCUUGAAGAUGUAAGGAUCCCUGGGAUUGUGAACGAAAUAAGGAGACUAGCUGACCUCGAACUGGGCAGCAUUGAAUCUAUUCCUGGGGGAUUAAACCAGUUGAGGUACAUUUAUGAAGACAUUGUAGAAGAAAAUGUCGCUGCAGGAAUCUAUGAAAACCAAGCCAGGGAUCAGUCAAAUGGUAGUGAAACAAAUGCUGGUUCUUCGUUACCAAAUACUACUCCACUUCCCAAUCCCUGGUCUUUUACUGGAUUUGAAGGUUACCAGAGUAACAUAAGAAGAUCAAUCACCGGUGAGAAUGAGGAUGAUUAUCUACAGCGCGAACCUGUUGUCUUAGAACCAAUUGAUUUUUCCAAUGUUGAUAGCCUAUUGGGUGGACAUGUUAUGGCAAAUGCUAAUUUAUCGACCCAAUUAGUGCAAGAUCAACUACAAGAGUUUAUACCUUCCCACCCAGAGUUUGGUGGUCGUAAUGCUGAACAAAAUGGUGAGGCUGAUUUAAGUUUUCUCAGAGAAGAGAUUCAAAAUCCAGAUUUCCUUUCUCUGUAUUCACAACCUGAGACAUUGCAGCAACCAUUGUCUUCCGAACAAGAUCUUCUGCCUCAUCUUAAUCAGCAGGAAUCAAUACAGGAACCGAAUCAGACAACUGGAGGCACUGGCAGUGAAGCAGCAGAGCAAUUGUAUGCCACCCAACUUUCACAGCUUCAAGAGAUGGGAUUCUUUGACACACAAGAAAACAUAAGAGCUCUUAUUGCCACUUCAGGGGAUGUUCAUGCCGCCAUUCAACGUCUUUCGAGGAACUCCAAUCAGUAG